GCGCCAGGCAGCAGAAAGCCGGAGGGAUGGAUCCAGCGGGCGCGUACGGCGCCGGGAAGGCCGGGAGCGUCAACUUCGAUCCGGUCGCCUUCUUCACGCAUCCCCGGACCGUCCUCAGACUGAUGUCGUGGGUUUUCUCCAUGGUGGUGUUCAGCUGCAUCGUGAACGAAGGCUACAUCAACAUUGGCAGCGAGCGUCUGCUCUGCGUCUUUAACAACAACGCUGAUGCCUGCAACUACGGCGUCACCGUGGGCGUGGCCUGUUUCCUCGGCAGCAUCUUUUUCCUCGUCCUGGACGUUUACUUCCCCUCCAUCAGCAGCAUCAGGGACAGACGGCGCGCUGUCCUGCUGGACCUCAUCUUCUCUGGUCUUGCCAGCUUCCUGUGGUUUGUUGGCUUCUGUUUUCUCGCCAAUCAGUGGCAGGCCACCUCUCCAGACGAGCUGCCGUUGGCCCAGGGCUCGGACGCCGCCCGAGCCACCAUCGCUUUCUGCUUCUUCUCCAUCCUCACCUGGGCUGUACUGACGCUGAGCGCACUGCGGCGCUUCUUAACCGGCAGCAACACGAACUUGUUCACAUGGCAACACCUGGACCCCGCCCCCAGCAACGCUCGAGCUACACCGUACCCUAUCGCCAACGGAGCUACCAUAGUAACCACCAACCCCUAUCAAGCCCCGCCCUUCACUGAAACCCUGGACCCCCAGAAACUCACACAGCAGAGACCCAUGGCCCCCGCCUUCUAG